UUUGAUUAUAUUUUAGUUGAAAAACCAUUCUCGCCUUUAGUGCACAACCAUCAAUCAAUAAGUUGCGUAAUGCAUUUUGUAAUAUUUCCCAUUAAAUUUGUAUUUAUUAUAAUUUUGACCGAAGGCUUAAUUCGAUCGUCUAAUGCGGAUGCCAUUGGAAUCCUGAGCGAUUGUGAUACGGGCCGCUUUCCUAGUUUAUGUGUUCCCCAUACCCUUUGUCAACGCAAUGAAAAUAUUACUCAUUUAAACGAUGAUAAAUGCGGACGCGACCCAAAUGGAACCCCUCAGGUUUGCUGUGCAAGGUCGAAUUUAUUAUUACGUUCUGUGGACGGGUUGCCCGCGAUGAGCAAGAAAAGUUUGACCGAACGAAUGUGCGAUGAAUACCAUAAACCGGGAGAAGCGGUAACUGAUGACGAAAAAGGCUUAACAAGAGAAUUUCCAUAUGCGUAUACAUUAGGAUGGAAAGUGGAAAACGAUCCGUAUAACAAAAUUCGAUACGCCUGUAUUGCUACUCUUGUCUCGGCCCGAUAUCUUGUUACGACCGCGAGUUGCUUGGAUGAUAACGAGGGCUUACCUUCUCUGGUGCGAGCGGCCGAUACAGAUCGUAUUAGCGCACGAGACUAUGAAAUUGCUGAAUGCAUCAAACAUCCUGAUUAUAAAUCAUCUUAUGCUGUUCUUAAGAUAAGUCGUUCUGAUAUAGCAUUAAUUAAACUGGUCAAGCCUAUAGCGCCUAGCCCUACAUCCGGAGUUCCAGCUUGUUUUUGGACAGGUGUCACUAUAGAAGAUCAGACUGAUGUAAUUGCUUUAGGUUAUCUGCCCACCUCUCUCGCUGGCUUUUCCGAAGAUUUGCUAAACGUAACUCUCAAAGUUCAUCAAAAAAAUGAAUGUGAAGAAGAUUACUCACCGCUAGAUCGCUUAUUUUUUUCACGUAAGAAAGGAGAAUACAAUGUUGUCUGUGCCGUAAAUCCAGACAAUCCAAGAGAUGCCUGCCAACAUCAUUUUGGUGGACCGUUAAUUGCAAUAAUCAAUGAAAUACCAUUUAUAGUAGGUAAUAGCCUUGGCUGUCUUCCAGGAAAGCCUGCUAUGUACUUCAUGAUCUCUAAAUAUAUUUCGUGGAUGGAGAGAUAUAUUUGGCCCGAUUAUUAUUAAAGCUUAAGAGUUGAAAAUGGAGUAACCCGCACGCAUACCAAUGUAAAGUCUAUGCGUGCGACUUCCUAAACCGAUGACAACAGCAGCCAAACAUAAAUAAAUAAAUGAUUUUUGAUAAGAGAAGUUGCAAAGCUAAAUUUCUGACUUCUGGUUGGGAACAUAGGGAAACAUUACAGUCUCUGCGCAAUUCCUUCCUGUUCCUUAUUUUUGAAAUGUAGUCGAGAGAUUAUCGGCAUGACAAACUCUUGCCUCCUCUCAAGCAAG